AUGAAUAUAUAUGGUGUAAACGUUCAAAAAAGAGUGGUAAUGGCUACAAUGGGAUUACAUAACUAUAUCAAAAUUUCCAAUUUUUCAGAUGCUGAUUUUGUAUAUAACCUGACACAGGUGACACAGACACAGCUAGCGGUUGCAGAUAGAGAACAUAUGGCGCAGAUAAGAGACAAUAUUGCAGAUAUGUUGUGGUAA